AUGAAGAAGACUAAAAAUACUACCGUUGAAUGUAUGAACUCCAAGAUCCAAUUGGUGAUGAAAUCUGGAAAAGUAUGUGUUGGAUUUAAAUCUUCCAAAAAUGCUCUUAGCAAUGGGAAAGCAAAACUUGUGAUUCUGAGUAACAACUUUCCAUCCCUGAGAAGAUCGGAAAUUGAGUAUUAUGCCAUGCUAGCUAAAUGUGGAGUUCACCAUUAUAGUGGAAAUAAUAAUGAUUUGGGAGCUGCUUGCGGUAAAAUGUUCCGUAUUGGAUGCAUGGCUGUGAUUGACCCCGGUGAUUCUGACAUUAUCAAAUCAUUUGAGUAA